UAUAAAACCAAAAUUUAAGAAAAAACAUAAUAAAUUGCUGCUGAAACUAUGGAAAAAUUAAAAGGAAGAAUUGAUCAGAAAGAUUUACGGAAACUGAUGGCAGAGAGAAAAUCAAAUCUAAAUAAAUCAAAUGCAGAGAAAAUAAAUUCACCACUUGCCAAAUAUGACUCAAAAGGUAAUUUAUCCUGCAUCAUUUGCAGGAGCAAUAUCAAGUCUUCAACUUUAUGGAAAGUUCAUAUAAAUUCCAAACUGCACAAACAAAACGUAGAAGAGGCAAAAAUGUUGAAAACUCAAAUUGUUAAUACGGCCAAGGAUAUGACACAACAAAAGCUAAUAAGACUAGAAUCUUCAAUAUCAACACUACAUACGAAACCACGCGGCUUAGAAAAGCCAAAAAAAGAGGUCAUCCUGAAAACUAAAACAGAAAAGAUAUCAGAAAAAGCGACGAUGUCGAUUGAAGCUGCCAGCGAGAAUGCGUUACCAGAAUUAUUUUUUGAUGAGCCGGCAAAUAAAAAAGAUUUAAAAGAUCCUCAUGAUGAAGAAUGGGAACGUUUCCAACGUGAAAUUAAAGAAGAAACAAUUACAUCGAACGUGAUCAUCGCAGGGGAACAAAAUGAAGCUACUGUCGAUAGACAGAUAGAGGAAAUUGAUGAACAAAUUCAACAUUGGGCAAAAGUUUUAGAUUUAGAAGAAAAAGUUGAAAAAAUGAAUAAGAUUAAUAAGGCUAAACAGGAUUUGUCAAGUGUUAAUAGUAGCUCAGGAGAAACAAGUUCCGAAGCAGAGGAUGAUGACACUUUGGAUGAGUUGCUGAAUUGGCGAUGUAAAAGCUUUAAGUGAAUCCAGUGUAACUUUUGUUUUGCGCUUAAUAAAUUGUUGAAUUCAUCGUUUUUAGUAAA